CUUCGGUUGGGAAGGUGCAGGAGCCAGCCGGCGCACGGCCCCCGGCUCGGGUCCUCGUCGAAGCAUGUGUCGCAACACGGCCCAGCGACGGCUAAGCGCCGGAACUGGCACUGUGAGAGGGUCUGUGCGCGGGGCGGUGAGGAGGCAGAGGACGUCUGUCAUCAUUCAGGCCCCGUGCGGUGCGGAACGCGUUGGCGGGGCAGCGCAUAACCCGCGCAGGGUGUCUCACUUCCGCCCCCAUGCAAGCAACGGAAUCGCGGCCCACCGAAUUAAGCGGCGACCCGGUGCCAGAUGCAGGCGGACGCCAUGGGCCCCGCUCGUGCCACGGCAGUUUCGCAGCGUGGUGGGCCAAAAGGCAGGGGAAAGCGCCAUAGAAGCCGCGACACCCACAGAGGAGCGGCUCCGCGACGGCAAGCCCCCGGUGCCGAAGAGAGCGCGACUCGCAUCGCCAGUGUUGGCCUACACGAAGAAGUUGUUGGCCUACUCCGCGGUGGCACAGAGGUGA